UAAUAUAAAAAUAAACUUCCGCAAAUAGUGUAAGAAAUUUUUAUUUUAAAAUUAUGGAAAAUGAGAAAAAUGCACUUUAUGCACGAACCACAGUGGAAAUAUCAAAUAACGUCAAUGCUGAUUUAAUUAAAAAGCCACGCCAGACGGAACUCAACCAGAAACCACAAUGGGGAAAACUUCUAUCUCUGGUAGGUUAUGCCACUACAUUUGGUUCCGCCGUGCCGGUAGGCUAUUGCAUUGGCGUCAUAAACAGUCCAGCGAAUUUGAUAAAAGUUUGGUGUAAUGAAACUCUAAUUACUCGGUAUGAUGCUUACUUAAGUGAGUCCGGUAUUGAUAUAUUAUGGUCUUCGAUCGUUUCGAUAUUUUUAGUGGGUGGUGCCAUUGGCUCGCUAGGUGGCGCUUGGGCUGCUAAUAAAUUCGGCAGAAAAGGCUGCUUUUUAAUCAGUGGUCUACUCUUCACAUUAGGUGCCUUGAUGUUUUUCUUUUGCCGUUUGGCAACUUCCGUUGAAAUGUUGCUAUUGGGUCGUCUACUCGUAGGCUUAGCGUCAGGUCUAACCACAGCAUCACUGCCAAUGUAUUUAACGGAAGUUGCACCACUUGCUUUGCGUGGCACAUUUGGCGUCUUUUGUGCAGUUGGCGUGACAGGAGGUGUAGUGGUUGGUCAAGUUUUCAGUUUAAGUCAAGUGUUCGGAACUGAAGAUCAAUGGCACUAUGCUUUGAGUUUUUACAUAGUACUUGUAGUAAUAUGUUAUACUCCAUCGUAUAUUUAUCCAGAGAGUCCAAAAUAUUUAUAUAUUGUGAAAAAAGAGCAUGAGAAAGCACGUAGAGAAUUGAUACGUUUACGUGGCAUUGAAGCCAUGGACGCAAUUAAGAACGAAAUUGAAGAAAUGGAAGUUGAAGCUAAUAACAAAGUACAAAGUAGCGGCUUUUGCGCGGUUUUACGAGAUCCUGCAAUGUUAUUACCAUUAGUUAUUGUAUGUUGUUUUCAUGGUGGUCAACAAUUGAGCGGCAUAAAUGCAAUAUUUUAUUAUUCAGUAUCAAUUUUUGAAAAGGCUGGGCUCACAACUCCUCAAGCCGAAUGGGCUAAUCUUGGCGCUGGUUGCCUUAAUUUAGCUACCUCAUUUCUUGGGCCUGUACUAAUGGCCAAAGUAAAUCGCCGCCCGUUAAUGAUGUUCUCCAGUGCGAUAUGCUCGGGCUUCCUUUUCGCCAUUGCCUUCAUUUUAUACUAUAUCGAAACUGCCAAUUGGUUUGCAAUUGCUUGCAUUGUCUGCAUCAUGGGCUACAUAUUUUUCUAUCAAUUCGGUCUUGGUCCUAUACCAUACUUUAUCGGUGCAGAACUCUUUGAAGUAGCACCACGUCCUGUGGCCAUGUCGAUGGGUAGUUUAUCUUCGUGGUCUUGCAAUUUCAUAAUAGGUAUGACAUUUCCAAGCCUACAAAAAGCUUGGGGUGCCUUUGUGUUUAUACCAUUUUCUGUAACUUGUGCAUUACUUUUCCUACUAACGAAAUUCUAUUUACCCGAAACCCGUGGUCGCGAUCCCUCGGAAGUCGCACCGCUCGUUUCAAAAGGUUUUCGGUCAAAAGUGAGAUAAAGGCUAUCGUAGUUAUCUUUAUUAAAUAAGAAAUUUCUAUCACAAAAUUAGGCACAAAUUAUACUAUGUACAUAGGAUGUCCAAUUAUAGUUUCGAAUUUAUUAAAAUUUAAUUAACACAUAAUAUAAUAGGUUUUUUUUUAAACUGUUCAC